AUGGAUAAAGAGAAGGAAAUAGAAUCAGAAAGUGCACAACAGGGAGAUAAAGGAAAGAAGGGGGAAGACGAAGGCGAGAAGAAAGCGAGAGGCAGACCAACGAAGGCGGAGGAGUUAGCCAAAUUAAGAAGAACGGACAGUACAGGAUCGGUCAAGGAAUUCUUUCAGAAGAGUGAGAAAAGGAAGAGGAAAGAAGAGGUGGAGGAAGCAGCGAAUGCGGAGAAAGAAAUUCUAAAAGAAUUUAACGCACAAAGAAGGGUCAACAGAUCACCGCCGCCCAAAAUCAAAAAAGAAAAGCAGGGAAAAGAAAAUAUGGCGACGGAAGAAUUACUGGAGAAGGGACUGAGGGAGGAAUUGAAAAGAAGCGAGGAGAUAUGGGAAAAUCAAAGAAAGACCCUGGAAGGAAGAAUUAAGAAUUUAGAGGAGAAGGCGGAGAAGAUAGAAGUAAACAUGUCAAUGAAUAAGAAAGAAAAGAAGAAGGAUAAAAAAGGGUUAAGCAUGAUGAACGAGAGAAGGAGAGAAGAGAUACAAGAAAGAAGACAGGAAAGGUCCAAGGAGAUAGAAGAAAGGCGGAACACACCAGAAGAAACCAGAAAGGACGAAGAAAGUAUAAAGGAGGUAGAUGAGGAAAAUAUUAGAGGAAACGGAAUAAGGGAAGUCGAAGGACAAGAGAAAAGAUAUAUAGGAGAAGAGGAAAGAAACGACGGGGAGAGUGAAGAGACGUGGAAAGUGGCCUUUUGGAACGUAGCUGGUUUAACAAACAAGGAUAAGGACUUCUGGGAAGGGAUAAAAGAAUGGGAUGUGAUUGUGAUGAUGGAGACUUGGACUGAUGAGAAAGGAUGGGAGAAGGUGAAGGAGAAGCUACCGAGAGAAUAUAGAUGGAGAGUACAGAUAGCAGCCAGGAGGAACAAGAAAGGCAGAGCGUGCGGAGGCAUGUUGCUAGGAAUAAGGAAAAGCAUAGAAGAGAUAAAGGAAAGAAGGGAGACGGAGGAAGAAGGAAAAAUCGAAGGUAAGAUAAGAAUAGGAGAGGAAGUAUGGAGAAUAAUAGGAAUCUAUGUAAACAACAAUAUAGACGAGAAACUAGAAGGUCUGAAGGAAAGGACGGAGGAGGGGGAAAAAGGAGUAAGGACCAUAAUAGGAGGUGACUUUAACGCGAGAACGGGAGAGGAAGGAGGAUGGGAAGAGGAAAUCGAGCGAAGAGAGGAAAGAGGGAGGAAGUCUAAAGAUAAGAAGAUAAAUAAAGAAGGCAGAAAGUUACUGGAGUUUAUCGAGGAGAGAGGAUAUAUGAUAUUAAAUGGAGGCACAAAGGGGGACGAGGAGGGAGAAUAUACAUACACAGGGGGAAGAGGUGAGACAGUCAUAGAUUACAUAAUAGGGGACGAGGAGGUUAGAGAAAAGGUGGAAAGACUGGAAGUAGGAGAAAGGAUAGAUUCGGACCAUCAUCCAUUAAUACUAUGGGUGAGGGGAAGCUCAAAGAGAAGGCAAAGGAGGAGAGGAACUGAAAAAAUGAAAAGAAGGGGAGUAUGGAAUGAGGAAGGAAAGACGCAAUUUAAGGAGAAGUUAGGCGUGAUUGAAGGAAAAAGAGACCUGCAAGAGGAAAUAGAGGAAGGAACAAGGAAGAUAAGAAGGGUGAUUGAGGAGAACGAGGACAAGAAUGAAAGAAUGACUAUCAAGAACAAAAGAGGGUGGUGGGACGAGGAAUGUACGGAGAGCAAGAGGGAAGUGAGGAAAGAACUAAGGAAAUGGAGAAAAGGGAAAGGAGAAGCAGAAAGAUACAGAGAAAGAAGGAAAGAAUAUAGGGAAAUGUGUGAUAGAAAGAAGAAGGAGGAGAAAGAAAGAAUGAUCAGAGAGAUUGGAGAAGCGAAAACGGAGGGAAAGGUAUGGGAGUUGAUAGGCAGAGUAAGGAAGAGAAGAAGAAGGGUGAAUGAAGAGAUAAAACCGGAAGAGUGGAAGGAGUAUUUCAUGGAUCUGAUGGGUGGAGUGGAGAACAGAGUGGUAAAGGGAGAGGGAGACAGAAGCAGACAGAAGGAAGAAGAGAUAGGACUAGAAGAGAUAAGAAACGUAAUAAAGAAACUAAAGACGGGAAAAGCAAUAGGCAAUGACGGGAUACCUAACGAGGCAUGGAAGUACGGAGGAGAAGAAAUGGUGAAAUGGAUAUGGGAGGUAUGCAAACGUGUCUGGAGAGGUGAAGGCUGGCCGGAACAAUGGAAGGAAGGGGAGAUAAUCCCAUUAGUUAAAAAAGGAGAAGGGCGAGAGGUGAAGGACUAUAGAGGAAUAACCAUCAUGUCUUCGAUGUACAAAAUCUACACGGCGGUACUGGCGGAAAGAAUAAGAGAAGAAGUAGAAACGAAGAAAUUGAUCCCCGAUAAUCAAACGGGAUUCAGGAAAGGAAUGGGAACGAUGGAUCAAAUAUUCGCUUUGAAUUACCUGGUGAACAGACAAAUAGGAAAAGAGAAAGGAAAGAUGACAGUGUUUUUUGUGGAUCUGAAGGCUGCCUUCGACUCAGUGGACAAAAGAGUAUUAAUAAAGGCAAUGAGAGAAAGAGAAGUGAGACAAGGACUGAUAGACAGAGUAGAGGAAGUAUUGAGGGAAACAAAGAGCAGAGUAGGGAAAGGAGGAGAGAGUGAUGGUCAAUUUUGGACGGCGAAAGGCCUGAGACAGGGAUGCCCACUAAGCCCAAUAUUAUUCAACCUAUUAAUCGCAGACAUAGAGGAUCAUAUAAAAAAAGGCGGAUGGGGAGGAGUGAAAUUAAGAGGCGAGAAAAUAUACACGCUAAUGUAUGCAGAUGAUAUUGCACUGCUGGCAGAGGAGGAGCAGGACAUGAGAUCGAUGAUAAGCAGGUUAGAAGGAUAUUUAGACAGAAAAGGAUUAACUAUGAGUAUAGAGAAGUCAAAGGGAAUGAGAUUCAGAAAGGGAGGAGGAAGGAAGAAGAAGUACGACUGGAGGUAA